GCUCGUCCUAAGCGGGGCACUUGAAGUACGCCUCUCCUGACUCUAACGAGUUAUCAAUACGUUUAAUUACUCAGCGUGGCGAAAUCGUGAACGUAAACAUUUCUCGUUCCCAUUUCCUCGGCGCGUGUGGUGCGUUGUUUAUGAUAGAAUCGCGCUCUGCCGAAAAACGCCCCGCACUCCAUCGGUGCCUCAAUUAUUGAGAUAAGCAAAAUACGCUGAUGAUAAGAUAAACCGAUUGUUUGUGAUAAUACUGAGUAAUUACUCCAGUCGAUUAAAGGAGUCACCUUACAACGUACAGGUGUAUUACCAUCUACAGUAUUUGUGCACUGCAAGUGCACAGAAUUAAAUAAAAUUAAGCAAUAUGGGCAAUAAUAAUACAAAAGCCGAUGGUCGUGAUGAAGUUUAUCUAAACGGUCUAUCGAGGGGCAUGGAUACUCUACGGAAAUCAGUAGAGUCCUACCCGGACGGCACAAAAAAGUUCAAGGCGGUUUUGGAUAGUCACGAGAAAAAGGUGCAGGAUGUAUUGCGUCGUUCUCGAAAGGGCAGCACACGAAAGAGGGCGAUAGAUAUGCUUCACGAUCUGGAAGAUUUGAAGGAGAAGGAACGCGCGAGUAUUCGCGACAGUAGCCUGGAUCAUGACGCGGUGGAAUCGAAUUCCAUUAUUGCCGCCGAUGCGAAGCGUUAUGACAAAAGUCGCCAGCACAGCAGGAGUGUUGAGGAUCUACAGAACAUCCGCAAGAAAGUUGACCACCUAAACAGUAAAAUUUCCGUUACCGAGACGAAAGAAGAUGCGGUUGCGUCUCGUAAAGAGAUCGAAGUGUUGCGUACCAAGUUGGAUCGCUUACAAGUGCGGCCAAACAGUAAGUUGGAGGCGUAUAAGGAUGAAUACAGAAAUAAACUGCGUAGGUACGAGCAAAAGUUGGCGACCAAAGAACAAGCUAUUGCAACGGAUGGGGGAGCCAUGUCGAAACUGCCUGCAGUUGAGGUAAAGCACAAACAACAGCCGCAACAGCUGCAAGAAGAGCAAAAGCAACAGCAGUCGCAAAAUCAGCGUGAGACGCAAAAGCAUUUGAAUGUUCAAGAUGAGCUGGCAAUGAUUCGCGGACAAGUCAUGUCCCUGCAGACUGAGUGCGAGAAGUUUUCCGGGUAUAAGGAUACACCAGAGUAUAAUACUCUUAGCCAGAACUUGAUGAAGCUUUGGGACAAGUUGGGCAAGAUCAAGGAUCCCAGAUUAAGUUCGGAGCGUGAAUCUAUUAUUACGCUCAUUUCGUCCACUUUAAAAAAACUCAAUCAGAAGUGCGUGGAAAACACCAGAGGCUCUCUCAGCAACAAUAAAAUUCUAAGUUUGACUGAACUGUUCCAUAUGCAGUAUAAAAAGAUUGCUAUUCAGGUGAAACAAGGACAAGUAAGAGAAUCCGAACAAGUCUAUCGUAUCCUUAAAGAUGUAUAUAAUGGACUGGGGGUUAUGUUGGAUCAAAAUCAGAAUGAAUGUCAAUUGGUUACUGCCAAGAUGACUCCGAGCGCUAAACGCAGACCAGUGUCUAUUUACAUGUCCAAUCAGCAGUCGAUGGAAACAAACUUCGAAACCGUCUACGUACGAGACGACCAACAACCGCAUGUUUUGAAAAGUAACAAGAGUUGCCCAAAUUUAACCCAUCUUAAGCAGCCACAGAUGCAACAUGCGACUGCGACUUAUGUUGGUAACGCCGAGAAGCUUAUAUUAAAUGGAUCAUCUAGUCCUGAUCAGAAAAAGACCGAGGACGAAUUAUUAGAUGACAUUGCAACUCAACAACUUGACAAACUCAGUCACGAGUCCAACGUGUUGAAGUACGCCGUGGAGGAGUUUGAUGGAAGCGAUUUGGAAAAGUAUAACGAACUAGAUGAACGUCUUAUUGAAAUGAUUAUCCAGAUUGAGAGUUUGAAGGAUAAAUUGACCGCCCACCAGGAGCAGCAACGACAGAUGAUCAUGCAGCGCGUGCAAGUCACGUGCAGGAACCUGAAGCAGAAGCACAAGGACAGUUCUCUGCCAAGCAACGGCCAUGGUAGUAACGUGCGUAACAGUAAGGACAUGCAGCACCUGCAGGAAAUCGACGCCACCCUCGCACAGUUGGAGAUACUCAAGACGCAAAUCAACGAAAGCUACGCGUGGCGAGCGGACAAUCCGGAGCUCAAAGUGUUAGACGAUGCUUUGAAGUCCGCUCUGCUGCGUUUGGACCUGAUCGAGCCAGGAGGCGAUCAGCUCGUGCAAAUUGCCAGAGAGGAUGCGCUCAGCGAAGUGCGCCAGUCGAUCAAACGACUCAAUGAACGAAGAUACAUGGACAAUCGUUACGCUGGGACCGAAGUUUAAACCUCUAUUUCUUAAUCACUACGCUUUGAUGUAGGCUUUUAUUUAAUCGUACUAUUUUAGUCUUGUUUUUAAUAGCAACGAACAGCUUCAUUAUAAUUUAAACAUAGAGCAAUAUUUCGUUUUAUAGAUGUUUUACAAGUUGUAUAUUACCAAGUAUAGCAAAAGAACACGUAUAAAUAGCGACAUCUACUGUUAACUACCAAUACUUAUAUUUUUAGAUCCAAUCGCCAAUUUAAUACCGAUAAGAAAUAUUCAAAGGCGUGAAUAUUGUCCGCAGUUGGUUUGAAACCAUCAACCAUAAUAACGGGCGCUCAACUAAGUGCACUUUGUAAUUUGAUUGUCUCGAAUUAUAUGUCACUUAUCUUAUCGGUGCUGAUAUUUCGUAAACGCCGAUUAAAAAAGUUUCGCCGAUUUAUAACAGUUAGAUUCGAUAUAAAUAUGGGUGCACAACAAGGUAAACCACGUCGUAUGAAGUCCGAACGCAUGGUACAGUCGGUGCGAACGCGAUUGCAAAAGUUGCGAAAGAAUCGUACGGCACCUCUACCUCUUUUCACCUCUGCCUCUACGGUCAGCCUAGACAAGUGUGAUAGUUUGAUGGACAUCUACGGUUAUCAAUUACAGUCACCUAGUUACUUGGAUAUCUACCAAAGGGGCAACCUGGAAGUGGAUGAACGCCCCGAAGACUGGAUACGAACAUAUAGAGACCUUAAAAACAAGGUGAACGAGUGUGAUGGCAGUAGUAAUGAAAAGCGCGCGGUAAAGCAAGAGUUGGAUGCGUUUGUUCAGGGUCUCAAUGAAUGCGAGGUGUUAGAGUUGCGCAGUAUCCUGUUGGAGAAAGCGAAUCGACUUGAAGCCCUUCUAGAUGAGAAGGUAUCCAGCGACGGGCACGACGCCUGUGAGAAAUGCAAAUUGCCUCCGAAAGAAGAGAAAAUCGAUAGAGUGGAUUGCAAACCAGAAGUAUUAGACGAUGUAUACCGCAUUCCCGAGGUAUAUCUACGCCAAGUGAAGACGUUUGAUAAGUUCAUGGAGAUCUCCAUGCGCCUCGACGUAUUAAGGUAUCGCGUGAUCGAGUAUUUCGGCGAUGAUGAACAACCAGAGUUCCAUGAGAUUAUGAAUGAUAUUAACGAGGCCUUGGCCAUGGUGCAAGCAAUCAAGGAUGGCGGUGUGGUACAGGUGAUUGCCACACGCGAAGAGUACGAGGAUUAUAUCAUUGCGUUCAAACAACGUUUCCUGAAACUCGUUGAGAUAAAUAUGCGACAGGCGAAGACAUCAAUCUUAGGCGGUGGUAUGGCACGCACAGGUCGCAUUCGUCGUAGCAAUAACAGCGUUACUAUCAGUACUGCGGAUUGAAGUGUGUAUGAUUCAAGAUGUGUUGUUGUAUUUUUUGUUUGUUUACACUGCUUUUGUAUGAACAUAUUGGUUUAUACGUUGUUUACCAAAACGUGGAAUUUUGUUGAUUUAUCUGAGCUAUGAUUAAAUAAAGCACAAACAAGUUGCUAAUAUGUAA